AUGGAAUACCUCAAAUCUUCUGGAGACUCUUGCUUCACAGCAGCGGAGGCUGUGAAGCUUGCUGCUAGAAUCAAUGACCUUCAUGCUGUGAAGGUCGAGCUUAAGGGUGUUUGGAUUCAUUACACUCAUCUGCGACAUUCUGAUCCCGAAACUGAAGCCAAACUUAAACAACUUCUUCCAGGUUCAGAGACGGUAUUGGAGGCUGGGUUGAGGAGUAAAAUAUAUUACGUUACUCCGCGAAAUCUUUCACCAUGGAGUUCCAAGGCCACAAAUAUCGCACAUGUAUGCGGUCUCGAAUCCCAAGUUCAAAGAAUCGAAAGAGGUCGUGCUAUUUUGGUACAAUUCGCCGAACCAUCUGAGGCAGAGGCGGACGAUUUGCCAUUCAAGGAUAUCCUCUACGACCGCAUGACCGAGAACUUUAGUGCAGAAGAACCAGAUGUUCAUAAAAUCUUCGAAGAGGGGGAGCCAAUUCCCUUGGAAGUUGUUGAUCUUUGGGUAGACGGUUCAACACCAAUUGAAGUUUUAAAAGCCUAUAAUGUGAAGCGUGGUCUAGCUCUAGACAUCCCCGAGAUGGAGUACCUUGUGGAGAAAUACACUCAACAUGGAAGAUCCCCUACCGAUGUUGAGUUGUUUAUGUUUGCACAGGUCAAUUCGGAGCAUUGUAGACACAAACAGUUUAAUGCGAACUGGACGAUCGACGGCAUGGGUAUGGAUAGGAGUUUAUUCGAAAUGAUCCGAAACACUCAUAAAAAGAACCCCGAUUUUACCGUAUCAGCAUAUAGCGAUAAUGCUGCCGUGUUACAAGGAGAGAUGGCAAGUCACUGGGCUCCAGAAUACUCUACUGGUAGCUGGAAGCAAACCCCCGAAGUUGUGCAUAUUUUAGCGAAGGUCGAGACUCAUAACCAUCCUACGGCAAUUUCACCCUUUCCAGGAGCAGCAACCGGUUCUGGUGGGGAGAUUAGAGAUGAAGGUGCUGUUGGUAGAGGGUCUGCUCCAAAAGCUGGUCUCUGUGGAUUUUGGGUCUCGGACCUUUUGAUUCCAGGACACAAGCAACCCUGGGAAAUGGAUGUUGGCAAGCCAGCACAUUAUGCCAGUAGUUUGGACAUCAUGUUAGAAGCACCAAUUGGUAGUGCCAGAUUCAACAACGAAUUUGGUAGGCCGUGUCUCGCUGGAUCCUUCCGCACUCUCCUCACAGAUGCAGAUGCAUCAACAGACGAGUGCAGGGGUUAUCAUAAACCUAUCAUGAUCGCUGGUGGGCUCGGUACCGUCAGACCCGGACACGCUCUGAAGAAUGGCAAUGAUGUGAAGCCUGAAGCUCAUGUAAUUGUUCUUGGAGGCCCAGCAAUGCUGAUUGGUCUUGGUGGAGGCGCAGCUUCAAGUAACACAUCUGCCGGGGAAAGCUCUGUCGAGCUUGACUUUGAUAGUGUUCAGCGGGGAAACCCAGAAAUGGAACGGAGAGCCCAGAUGGUGAUCGAUCACUGCAGAGCCCUGAAAGACGAGAAUCCUAUUGCGUUCAUUCAUGAUGUUGGGGCUGGUGGAUUAUCCAAUGCUUUACCUGAACUCGUUAAGGAUGCCGGUUAUGGUGGUAAAUUCGAGCUUAGAAAUGUUGAAAGUGCGGAUAGAAGUAUGAGUCCUCUACAAAUCUGGUGUUGCGAAGCUCAAGAACGUUACGUCUUGAUUGUCAAUAAGGAAGACCUUGCUAGAUUCACCAGCAUUGCUAAACGUGAACGAUGUGGCUUCUCCAAUGUCGGAACUGUUGUUCCUAAAGAUCAAGAUGGAGUUGCCAGACUUGUGGUGACUGAUCGGGAUUCUUCCCAGCACACUACGCCCAUCGAUCUUCCCAUGUCUACCUUGUUUCCUAAGGAUAGGAAGUUGGACAGAAUUGUUCAGUCCAGGAAGCCGCAACUUCUUCCAUUCAACGCGGAGAAGUCUCUUAAGGAAGCUUAUCCACAUAUUCCUGAUCAUGAUCUCUUAAGAAUGGCCAUCGAGCGCGUCUUUUCUCUACCGUCGGUUGGUUCCAAAUCCUUCCUCAUUACUAUCGGAGAUCGUUCAGUAGGAGGAUUGACGGUUCGUGACCAAAUGGUUGGACCAUGGCAAACACCUGUCGCAGACGUAGCUGUCACAGCUACUGCUCUUAACAUUGGUGGCAAAUUGAAGACUGGUGAAGCUAUGGCUAUGGGUGAAAAGCCUACCUUGGCUUUAAUUUCGGCUGCAGCGUCGGCUAGAAUGGCAGUUGCUGAGAGUUUGAUGAAUAUUGGAGCAGCACAUCUUCUAGGUAACUUACCUCGCAUCCGUUUAUCCGCGAAUUGGAUGGCCGCAGUGAACCAGCCUGGUGAGGGUGCAGCUUUGUAUGAGGCAGUCCAAGCAAUUGGAAUGGAUCUCUGCCCUAAGCUAGGAGUCAGUAUUCCCGUCGGCAAAGACUCGACAUCAAUGAAAGCGUCGUGGAAGGACCAGAAGACCGGAGACUCCAAAACUGUCACAGCUCCUAUGACUGUUGUUAUCUCAGCCUUUGCACCAGUCGCGAAUGUUCGUAACACAUGGACACCUGCACUCCGAAGAUUGGAAGAUGUCGGAGAAACAACAUUAAUGUAUGUUGACCUUGCCCAAGGUCAUAAAGCCUUGGGAGGCUCAGCACUCGCUCAAUCUUUCGGCCAGGUUGGAGAUGAAGCACCAGAUGUCAGGGACACCGAUCUCAUUGUCGACUACUUCGAUGCUUUACAACAAUUACACGAGUCAGGUGUUGUAUUGGCUUAUCAUGAUAUCUCAGAUGGUGGUUUAUUAACUACGAUCGCCGAAAUGAUGUUUGCCGGGCGUUGUGGCGCUGAGAUCAUGCUUGAUGGAGUUUCAAAAAGUUCAUCCCCAACUCAUGUGAUCGAAGCCUUAUUCAACGAAGAACUUGGUGCAAUUUUCCAAGUCCGAAAAUCGGACGAGGUUAACUUCAUGAGGUGUUUUGCUACCUGUGGUCCUCCUCCAGGGCUCAUCAGAAAGAUUGGUCGGGUGCCAGCUGCAUCAAAACAGCAGCUCGCCAUUCGAUACGGACAGAAGCCAAUCUUACAUAUGCCCAGAUCUGAGCUCCAACAACAGUGGACCAAAACAUCCUACCAGAUGCAACGCCUUAGAGACAACGUUGAUUGUGCUGACGUCGAAUUUGAGAACAUUGAAGAUGACCGUGACCCUGGUCUUCAUUAUGACCUUACCUACGAACCUAAGGAGAAUAUUCUUCCAUUGACAGCUUCAAUCACAUCUGCCUUCGCAAAGGCGCCUCGCGUGGCUAUCCUCCGUGAACAAGGAGUUAAUGGUCACGCUGAAAUGGCAUUCGCUUUUAAGGCUGCAGGAUUUGAUCCUAUCGAUGUGCACAUGACUGACAUUAUCUCCGGGCAUUAUUCUCUAGCUAACUUCGUUGGAAUUGCUGCCUGUGGUGGUUUCUCUUAUGGUGAUGUCCUUGGUGCUGGUCGUGGUUGGGCAAAUUCUAUUCUUAUGCAUGAACAAAAGGCUCGACCAGAGUUUGAGAACUUCUUCAAACGCCCAGAUACCUUUGCAUUGGGUGUUUGCAAUGGUUGUCAAAUGCUUAGUCGCAUAUCCGAACUUAUCCCUGGCACUUCUCAUUGGCCAGUUUUCGUUGAUAACCAAUCUCAACAAUUCGAAGGCAGAGUUAGCAUGGUCAAGAUCCAAGACAAUGCCAAGAAGCCAUCAGUAUUCCUCCACGGUAUGAAUGGAAGUUCCUUGCCUAUCGUUGUCUCGCACGGUGAAGGCCGAGCUUCUUUCAAGAACGAUGCCGACCUGGGAGCUUUGAAUGCCGAUAAUCUCAUCCCAAUCAGAUAUACCGACAACUUUGAUAAGCCAACCAUGAGAUACCCAUACAAUCCAAAUGGUAGUCCCGAAGGUAUCGCGGCGGUUAGAAGUUUGGAUGGAAGAGUAUUGGCUAUGAUGCCACAUCCCGAAAGAACGAUCAUGGCAGAUGUGGGCAGUUAUGUGCCAAGGGAGAGCGUAGAGGAAUGGGGAGAAUUCGGACCCUGGGUGAGGAUGUUUAAGAGUGCUAGAAGAUGGGUUGGUUGA